ACUGUGUGUCUGACCCUUUCCCACUUUAGUGUGAGAAAUCACAUUUUGAAUAGUCCCACAAGUUUCGGCAUUAAACGCAUUAAAGGCAGACGUGUGGUUGACUGACCUAUUAUCUCACCGAUCAACAUACCAUUAUGCAUUACGAAAAACCUAUUCUUGCCAAUUUCUCAUAUGCUCCCAGUUAGUAGUUACUAAUGAACACCGCCACAAACGAUACUUUACGUCACCAAAGAGGUUGGAUGUGGCAUCUAGCCGCAAUGUGUCGAUUUUAUCUAUGGACGUAGAUUUUGCCUCCAUCCAGAUAACUACUAAUCGGUGGAGAAUAACGUUUAUCGAGUUCACAUCCCAUCCAUGAGAGUAUCAUGGCCAAUCCUGGCGUCACGCUUUCGUAACUGGGACAUAACAUGACGGAGAGCCUUCCAAGCGCGGUCAGAAAUGCCCGAUGUCGCUGUCCAAUCAAUCAGAUCUCGUCCAAGCUCUCCAAACUCUACCAUGUCCAAACCAUGGCCAUAGAAUACAGGGUCCCUCAGGGCUGGUUCCUCUCGCAUGAGAGAUUCCUCAAUCAAACCUACUCAGAGGUUGGCCUUUACUCAAGAGCCAUAUUCGACCUGAAAACUCCUUUUCGCAUGGACUUGGAAGCUCGGAAAUGGGCUCGAACCAUGGAACAAAAGGACCCGGAACAACGAACCCAGCAGACCCCAAGGCGCCGACGGAAGCCCUCGACCUUGAAUGCAGAGGAAAAGGAGAGAAACCUGCUUUUCUCGACGUUUCUAGACAGGUUGAAGGAGACUCAUUCGACACUUUUUGACAAGGAACCGAGCUCCUCGGUGAUUGAAGAGAAUAAUCGGGCAGUGCGCGACCUCGUGAAGGACCUGCCCAACUUUGAGGUCGAAAAGCCCCUCUCCAUGACCAACGACCAAGAUGCCUCGAAGAUUGUUCGAUUGGCUGACCGCAAGUACAUAUUGCCGCCGCGGUGUGAGCUCAUCCUGGAUGAUAUCUCCGCCAUUGCCCAUCUUCGGCGAGCAAAUCGAAAAUUCGAUAUCAUUCUAGCAGAUCCCCCUUGGGAGAACAGGCACAUCAAACGAAAAUCCGAGUAUGCCAUGAUGUCGAAUGAGGACUUGGCCCGUCUUCCCAUUCAGGACUUACUCCAUGAUCACGGGUACCUGAUCAUUUGGUGUACUCUCUCUCAGCGACAUCAAACAGAAUUGGAGGGUUGGUUGGAUCGAUGGGAUUGUGAGCUCUUGACCCGAUGGUUUUGGCUGAAAGUGACCAAAUGUGGCGAGCCCGUGAUCGACUUGGAAAAGGCUCACAAACGGCCUUAUGAGGUCAUUCUCAUCGCUCGGAAACGAACCAGUUCCAACCCGAUUCCCAGUCACUUUCGCAAGGAACUAAUCGUUUGCAGUGUCCCGAGUGGGCAUCAUUCGCAUAAACCGCCCUUGAGCCAAAUCCUGGAUGAGAUUCUGCCCACGAGCCCAUCCCGAAAAUGCCUAGAACUAUUCGGACGUUAUUUAGUUCCGCAUUGGACCACACUGGGAAAUGAGUGCAUAAAGUUUCAAGACAUAGAUUAUCUCUUUUAUUCUCGUGUUUGAUGGCGAUUUGUGCCAUUUUCUGGACGACUAAACACUAUUAAUAAGGAUUGUGUACAGAAUGUACAAACAACAAA